AUGGCCAAUAUCACCACGCCCCGCCCGCCAUGGAAUAUCACCCUCCUCCACGAAAAUGCCACGUCCGAAGAAGUCAUUGCCCUGCCAUGGGUCAACAGCCCCAACAUCCGCGGUACCAUGGAUAUCUUACAGAGUUGCAUCCUGACCCUGGUUGCGUGUAUCUACACAGCUCUCCAUCUCGACGUGCCAAAAAGGACAUCGAGCUGGCGCCUAUUUCUCACGAAACUGAAAUGGGUCGCGAUUACCCUCUUUGUACCUGAGCUUCCUGUCUUCAUGGUGGCUGAUCAGCUCCAUCAGGCAUGGAAGCUUCGGCAGGAGCUUCGUGAGUUGAAGAAGAGGGACGAAUCCAGUAACGUGGAUUUUGAAAUUGAUCUUCGAUAUUGCUUCUUCAUGAUCAUGGGAGGGGUUCGUCUAGACGUCCACGACAUCAUCUCCAUGCCAGACCUUGACACCGAGGAUAUCCCGCACUUCAAAGACGACGGAGGACGGAGAUCGGUCCGGCCAAGCCCUGAAACCGUAUCCUGGCUUGCUAAGCAAAACAUCUGGAUAGAGGUCUCACAAAAGACCAUUGAUGACAAGAGCAAGGCCGACAUCUUUCAAAAGAUCCUCGUGGUUAUCCAGGUGCUAUGGAUGGUGACGCAGUGCAUCGCUAGAAGCGUACAUGAUCUGCCGUUGACCUUACUGGAGAUCCAUACCAUGGUCCAUGUAGCGUGUGCCGUAUUUCUCUACAUCUGCUGGUUUCGGAAACCGCUCAACGUCCAGGAACCCGUCAUCUACGAGGGUGGCUCACUCACUGGAGAGAUCGCCCUCAAAAUCGAGCAUCAAUUCUACGCAGACAUGAAGUAUCUGCUCGCCCUCUUUCCACCCCGCACACACCCGCACCAGGCUCCUCCUAAAGGACCGCACGGCAUGAAGAUGUGCUGGGUAGAUACACUGGAAGACUCCAUCAUGCGCCCGGGAGAUGUCCUUCCUUCAGGGCUCGCCUUGUGUUGUACAGUUGCACAAGAACAUCACAAAGAGGACCAAAAGAACGCUGAGCCUGAUUACGGCGAGGUUCCCGUGACCGAACAGUUUCUUCAUCGUUGGGACUGCAUUCUUAAAAGAUAUGCCUUUGAAGACUGCGAGCGGCUGUCAAGAGAGAGGAAAAUCACACUAUACCCAAACGACUUUCUUAGAGUAGAUCCCCGGCCCGUCCCAUGCAUGGAUGAGGACCCUCCAACGCCGUAUCUAGCACUCUUGGACGAGUUCACUCCCUUCAGAAGGACCACGUUCAAAAAUAUUCCAUUUGCUGAGGGCAAGGACAACUUCGACAUCAAGUUUCUCGACAUGCUCGGGGGAAGAGUCACUCUACAGCCGGCCGACUUCUUCAGGAUCUGCUGGCAGAUCCCCGAGCUCAUGGCUCUCGCCGCUACUCUCUCGGGCAUGUACGGGGGCAUCCAUCUCACAGCAUGGAACUGGACAUUUCCCACCUACACCGAGGAUCUUCUCUGGAAAGUCAGCUGCUUGUGCGUAGCCGUCGCGUUGCCUGGCUUCUUCUGCGCCAGUUGGGUGCUCGUUGGCAUUACUGCAAUCUUGCACAGUCUCGUGGAGCCAUGCUUUGGUCUCCGGAAGAAAUGGGCAUCACGGGCAUUCAAGGACCCGCUUCGGGUUUACUCGGCUUGUGUUGCAAUCAUAUACGUCUGCUGUAGGAUCUUUAUCGUUGUCGAGGCUUUUGUGACAUUGAGGCAGGUUCCUGUGGGAGUCUACAUAUCGCCUCCAUGGGUUCAGAUGGUGCCUCACUUCUAA